AACUGAAGUCAUUUGAUGAAAAGUCAUCAGUAUUUUCAAAGCAGAAUCGGUAGAAGUUUGAGGAGAACAUCUUCUAUAUUGAAAAAGUCAUGAAGUUUUUUGUAUUAUUUUUCAUCGGAAUCCUACCUUCUACGCUCCUAAUUACUAAAGUAAAUGGAAUCAACGAUGAAAAGAAGAGUGUAAAGAAGAUAUCCUUAGGACUAUCUCAACUUAUCAUACCGACGGAUGUCCAAGUUCAGGCUUACCAUACGUUUAAACCACCAUCAAGUAGUGAUAUUACAUAUGUAAAGGACAUUUACCAUGCAGCUACUAACGAAGAUGGCACAACUCGCGAAUCUCAAACUGCUCCCACAGUGCAUAAGAGUUCAACUAAAGGUUCAAUUAUACCAAAAAUUUUGCGGAGAGAAACAAAUACGGAAAAUCAAGAACGACAUGCGUUUAAACCAGUUUCUCCGAGAGAACUUUCCGGGCUAUUUCAAUUAUUUAACGAAGACGCCGCAGUUCUUGACGGUGCGGUACCACCUCAACCAUACUCCCCAGGAGAUAAAGAGCAUAAAGCAAGUUUCGAAGGCUUUUUGGUACCAGAAAGCGUAUGGAGUCAACCAUCUGCCAAUCAAAGACCCUAACAAAUCAAAAGAUUGUUACGCUCCAAUAUAGAAUAUUUGAGAAAUUAAAAAGUUAAAAAAAAAUUAACUACGUCCUUUAAAUAAUGAAUAAAAAUUCUUUGAAAAAAGUAUAUGAGAAUAUCAUAAA